AUGAGCACCGCGGAGGGCCAGGGAGCCGCUCCGGCGGGCUCACCUUCGUGUCAAGGCGCGAUCGCGGUGGUUGGCCUCGCAUGUCGCUUCCCAGGCGAUGCUGCUGACAUCAAUGGUCUUUGGCAGAUGAUGGAGGAUGGCAAAAGUGCCUGGACAAAAAUCCCAGAGUCCCGAAUGAAUGUGCGUGGCUAUUAUCAUCCUGACCCCAGCCGCCAAGGAAGUUUUCACUUUCGUGGAGCACACUUUUUGCAGAAUGAUCUUGCAGAAUUUGAUGCAGGAGCAAGUAACGACGAGGAUGUAACAUUUAUGGCUUGUCUGUCUGACCAUUCAUUCCAUUUUGUAGCUGGUAUACCCAAAGAGGCAAUAGACGGUACCGAUGCAACAGUCUGGAUCGGCUCCUUUGUCAAAGACUACGAGCAGUUGUGUCUGCGAGAUCAAGACCAGACGCCGCAAUACGCGGCAACCGGCAACGGAAUUGCUAUCCUGGGCAACCGAAUCUCCCACUGCUAUAAUCUUGCUGGAACAAGCCAGACCAUGGACACUGGCUGCAGCGCCAGCCUUGUCAGCAUUCACCAAGCGUGCCAAAGCCUGUUGAGUGGGGAGUGUUCUACAGCAAUCGCUGGCGGAGUCGGCCUGAUCCUGACCCCAAACACCAUCCUGCCCAUGACCUCUGUAGGCUUCCUGAGCUCAGACGGCAGGUGCUUUGCAUUCGACUCCCGCGCCAACGGCUACGGCCGCGGGGAAGGCGCCGCCAUGGUGAUCCUGCGCAGGCUCGAGGACGCAAUUGCCAACAACGACGUCAUCCGCGGGGUAAUCCGCUCGACGGCGAGCAACCAAGACGGCCGCACGCCGGGAAUCACCAUGCCCAGCCAGGAGCGCCAGAUGAGCAACAUCCUCCAGGCCUACCGCAAGGCCGGGCUCGACACGGACCGCACCGAGUUUGUCGAGUGCCACGGCACCGGCACCAAGGCGGGCGACAUGCGUGAGCUGGAGGCCAUCUACCGCGCCAUUUCCGUCAAUCGUGCCGUCGACAAUCCUGUCAUGGUCGGCUCCAUCAAGACCAACAUUGGGCAUCUCGAGGGAGCCGCUGGUAUUGCUGGUGUCAUCAAGGCCGUCUUGGCCACGGAGAAGGGCUUCAUUCCGAAACAUCUGAAUUUUGUCCAGCCGAAUCCAAACAUAGACUUUGAAGGCUGGCGAGUAAAGGUCCCCACGGAGCUCACACCGUGGCCUGUCCAUGGCCUCCGCCGAGCCAGCGUCAACUGCUUUGGCUUUGGUGGGACGAAUGCUCAUGCCAUCAUUGAGGACGCGGCGCAUCACCUGUCCGAAGCCAACCUCACCGGUUUCCAUGCCAGUUACCUCUUUCCUGGAGACGAGCUCCUACAGCCUAGAAAAUCCGAUGCCAAUUCUCAAGACUGCCUUGUCGAUGGUGACGCCCCUCGACUGUUUGUCUACUCGUCCCAUGAAGAGGAGCGGGUUUCUUUGGUCGCUCAAUCACACGCACCCUACCUCCGCAGGCGUGUAGAGGACGGAUCGGCGACUUUACAACUGAUGGACCAGUACGCACACACGCUGCUGGAGCGCCGAUCCAAGCUCGAGUGGAGGGCAUUUCUGGUUGCCCGCGGCCCGGCAGACCUUCUCCAAAAGAUCUUCAACUUUGACAACAGCCUGGUGAUGGACUUCCCACGAGACGCCGAAGUCCGACCUGCUCUCGUCUUUUGCGGACAGGGUGCUCAGUGGCACGCCGUGGGUCGCGAGCUGCUGGACUAUGCAGCCUUCAAGAGCAACAUCGAAGCUGCCGACUCUUAUAUCCGUCAAGAGCUGGGCGCAGAUUUUAGCCUGCUCGAGGUGCUGACGGCGGACCAGGACAGCUCCCGGAUCGAUCUUGCGCACGUGUCGCAGAUCUCCACCACCGCCGUCCAGGUGGCGCUCGUCGACGUCCUUUUCGCGAGCAACGUGGUUCCAAUCGCCGUCGUGGGCCACUCCUCGGGCGAGAUUGCAGCAGCAUACGCCGCCGGUGCCGUAACGCGCGAGAGUGCAUGGAAGAUUGCCUACUACCGUGGCUACUGCGUUGCAUCCUGGCAAGAAAAAGACCAUGGCCCGCCUGGCCGAAUGCUCGCGGUCGGACUUUCGGCUCGGGACGUGCAGGCUUUUAUCCAUCAGACCUCAAAGGGCAGUGUCCAGGUUGCUUGCCACAACGGGCCCUCGUCUGUCACUCUCUCUGGCGACGAGGCUGCGAUACUCGAGGUUCAAAACAUCCUGGCCGAGGCUGGGGUCUUCAGCCGCCUCGUGCCUGUGAAUGCUGCCUAUCACUCCCGACACAUGGAGCACGUCGCCGCCGACUACCUGCAGAAGCUCGGCUCCAUCGAGAUUCGGAACGUGACGCUGGGCCCGGUUCUGUACUCUUCCCUGACGGGCUCCGAGUUGUCUCCCAGCAGACUGGGUGCCAAGCACUGGGUCAAGACUCUGACCUGUCCUGUCCUCUUCCACCAAGCAGUGCAGACCUUGAUGCGGAAUGCGAACCCGACCGUCGUCGUCGAGGUGAGCCCCACCGGCAUCUGGGAGGGGACCAUCCGUCGUAUCCUUAGCGCCAUGGACUAUCGCGAGCCGGUUCCCUAUUUUAGCGUCCUCCAGAACGGCACGGGUGCGAUGACUUCUACACUGCAGGUGCUUAGAGAGCUCUGGAUCCGUGGAGUCCCCAUCAAGAUGGACUGGACCUACUCCAAGUCUCGGUCUCAGUCUCAGCCUCAGUCUCAGUCUUGGCAAAAUGGUCUUGUGCAAACCAGUCGCCCGCCGCAGCAUCUCCACGAUCUGCCCCCUUACCCCUGGAACCACGACAAGCUGUACUGGUACGAGUCUCAGCUGUCGAAAAACAACCGCUUCCGCACUCACGGCAGGGAGGAUCUCAUCGGCGCGCCGUUCGACCUCGGAAUCAAGACGGAAAAGUCGUGGCGUGGCUUCUUCCGCCUCAAGGAGAACCCCUGGAUCGAGCACCACCAGGUGCAAAAGUCGAUCCUGUAUCCCGCUGCUGGAAUGAUAGCCAUGGCAAUCCAGGCAGGGCAGCAGCUUGCGGAGCUGGGCCGGCAAGAGGUGGUUGCCUUUGAGAUCAAGUCCUUUUCCAUCCUUGCCCCAAUCGUCAUCCCUACCUCCACCGACGGGCUUGAGCAUGCAAUCAGCACAAAGCUGGCCAAGUCGGAGAGCAGCGAGCCGCUGCAGGGUGUCGCAAUCUACCACUUUUCAAUCUAUACCAAGCCUGACGGCGUAGCCACCACCAAGCAUGCCGAGGGCCAGCUGCACAUCAUAUACGGCGACGUGGCGAGCAGCACACUCGAGGAGAUGCAGAUUGAGGAUUCGGCCCAUCGCAGCGUGUACGACCAAUACAAGGAGACCAGCGACGAGGAGGUGAGCCCGCGCCAGCUAUACGAAGAUCUAAACAAUCUCGGUCUCAACUAUGGGCCUUUGUUUCGCAACAUCAAAAACAUCUCUCGCAGCUCGCAGCACGGCGGCUACUGCCACAGCCAGGUCCAGAUUCCCGACACCGCAUCGGCCAUGCCCUUUGCGUACGAGUUCCCUCAUCUCAUCCACCCUGCAACCCUGGACUCGUUCCUGCAGACCAUCUUUGCCAUUGGCGAGGACGUCAUGCUGCCCUGCUCCAUCGACAACAUUUUCGUAUCGGCGGAGAUGCCACGGGGCGCCGGCGGCCGAUUUCUUGGAUAUACGACGGCGCAGGCGACGACUCGGCGUUCUGCAGUGGCGGACGUGGUCAUGUUUGACGAGCAGCUCGACCAGAUCAAGGUCUCCAUCAAAGGGCUGAAGCUCAAGUCGGCUGUCGCAGCAGUGGGUGACGGUGGGGGUUUCUUGCCGAACCAUCGCAACCUCUGCUCCGAGAUUGUUUGGAAGCAAGAUGUCGACAGGUCUAGUCUCGGCAAUUUCAUGGCGUGGCUUGACAGUCUGGGACACGCCAUUCCUGCCAUGCGCGUGCUUCAGCUGGGAGGUCUUUCUGAGAUUGCUUCCAGCGUCAUCGAAGCUCUUGAGAACGGCCAUGAAACACCCCGCUUUGGGUCGUUUACGCUCUGCGAUAGGGAGGAUUUGAUCUUUUCACAGCUGCAGCAGAAGUAUGUCGCGACUCCCGUCAUGCAGCGCCUUCUCUGGGAGCCCCUGCAGCAGGUGGCAAUGUCAUCGCCGUAUGACCUCGUCAUUAUGAAGGCCUCACAAACCCAAGACUUGACGGCAGUGGGCCAGGUAUUGAGCCCGGGUGGAUAUGUUGUUGUGCAACUGGAGGGUGUCGUGGACAAGACCGACAAAGACUCGCUUAGAGUGAUCAAGCGACUUGCAGAUGCCGGAUUCCGCAAUGCCGAGAAACUUGAUCAAAGCUCUGGACGACAUUCUUAUAUCGUUGCUUGCAGCUCUAAAGUUCCCGACAAGGCAAUCGGAGGCCAGCGCAACAUCACCAUAUUGCUACCCGAUGUGCUGACCCCUUUUUUGGAAAAGCUGCACAAGUCCCUUCUCAAGUGCCUUACAGCCCUGCCCCAAAUCACCUAUACCUCUGGUGCCGUUUCUGCUCACCCCAAGUUCAACCCCAAAACGGUCUACCUAUCGUUGUUGGAGGCAGAGACGCCGCUCAUCUUUGAUCUCGUCGAGUCCCAGUGGGAAACCCUCCAUAGCCUCUUCCGCACCAAGAAUCUCCUUUGGGUGACUGCAGGUGCCCAAAUGUCAGACAUCAACCCACUAAUGGCUGCUUCUAUUGGCUUGAUGCGCACCAUCAGGUCAGAGGACGACCAAAAGAGACUCGUGUCCGUCGACAUUGACCCAAGAACCAACAACGACAUGGUCUCCACCUCAAAGGCCUUGUGCGACAUCUUGGAGGCCAAUUUCAUCCUCUCGACAAUUGCCAAGGAGUCCGAAUAUGUCAUCCGGGACGGCAAGCGCUUCAUCCCUCGCCUCAUGACACUACCCGCCGUUAACUCGCUCAUCGAGAAGGAAGCCCACCUCCCCGAGCGCCUUGAAGAGUUUCCGCUAUGGCAACAGGGCAAUCAUGUGAAGCUGGCGCCGAAAUCUGUAGGCAGCCGCCUUGGCUUGUACUUUACAAAAGAGGACACCACGACCCGACCUCUGAAGGAAACCGAGAUUCGAGUCAGGGUGCACCAGAGCCACCUGCUACCGCGCGACAUGGACGCCCUGCGAGGCAACGGCAGCGAAAUCGGCUCCGACGCGGUCGGCACCAUCCUCGAGGUCGGAUCAAAAGUCUUCAGCAGUUUCAAGGUCAACGACCAGGUGAUGGUGUUUGCCCGCGGCACCAUCAGCAGCACCGUCACCGCCGACCAAAAAUUUGUCUGGUCCCGCGCCGCCACCAGCCCACCCCAUGGAUCCUUCAGCCCGACGGCCUUCAUCAGCGCAGCCUACGGACUCGUCAUUUCUGGUCGUCUCAGGAGAGGAAACACCGUCCUCGUCCACGCGGCGGCUUCUGCCUACGGCCAGGCCGCCGUCUGCAUUGCCAAAGCCAAGGGCGCAUCCGUGAUCGCUGCCGUCUCAUCUCCCGAGCAGCGAAAGGUCGUGCAGGCGCUUGGGAUCACUGAUGAUUGCAUUGUUGACGGCCAAGACGAUGCGUUUGUCGGCCCUGUCGGCAGACUUACUCGAGGACGCGGCGUCGAUGUAGUCUUUGGCCCUGCCUCUCGCAGCCUCGUUGCCAACUUUAGGUCCUGCGCAGAGUUUGGUCGCAUUUCUCAGCUGGCGAGCGACACUCUCGAGCUGCCGUCCAUGGAUCAGGCCAUCCUCAAGAAUCUAUCUCUCGAGACCUUUGACAUUUCCAAGCUGGUCGAGAAGCAGCCGUGGGUCGUGGACGAAGCAAUCAACGAAGUCAAUGCUCUCUUCCAAGACAGCGACUCCGCCUGUCGCAUCCAGCCCAUGAUUUCUCACGACCUCGAGAGCUUGGCAACCAUAGCAGCCGACCCUACCACGGAUCCAUGGUUGGGUCUGCAUGCCGUGGACACCAAAGAAGACACCCGUGUUAUGAUGCCCGUGAACCUCACCAAGCCUUUGCAGCUGAACAGCAACGGCACAUACCUUCUCGUGGGUGGCCUCGGGGGCAUUGGCCGAAGCAUUGCUCAGUUGAUGGUCGAACGGGGCGCGCGCCACUUGGCAUUCCUCUCUCGGUCCGGCGCAAAGUCUAAGGCUGCGACGGACCUAAUCUCUUCAUUGCAGCUCAAGGGCGUCCAUAUUCAAGACUUGAAGGUGGACAUAUGCGAUGAGAACCAGAUGAGGGACGCUAUCUUGUUUGUUCAACACAAUAUGCCUCCCAUAAAGGGGGCCGUUCAAUGUGCUGCAGUUCUCGAGGACUCCAUCUUCGACAAGAUGACCUACGCCAAGUGGACAAAAGCCUUCCGCCCCAAGGCCAUCGGCUCGUGGAACCUGCACAACACCCUCCCCGACACGCUAGACUUCCUCGUCUUCCUCUCCAGCUCGGCCGGCGUGCUGGGCAACCGCGGCCAGGCCAACUACGCCGCGGGCAACACGUUCCAGGACGCGCUGGCCCACCACCGCGCCUCCCUCGGCAGGCACAGCGUGUCCCUCGACCUCGGCCUCGUGCUCGGCGCCGGCGUCGUGGCCGAGAACGAAAGGCUCCUCGACAUGAUGCUCGCCAGCGGCUUCUUCGGCGUCGCCCUGCGCCACGUCCACCUCGUGCUCGAGCGCGCCAUGGCCUCGCUGCCCCGUGCUGCGGGGCCAGACCAGCUGCUGCGCUUGCCCACCCAGGUCGUCACGCAGAUGGGGUCGGGCGGGCUCGUCCUCCAGGACCGGCCCGUCGAUCCCUUCUGGACCCGCUCGCCGCUCUUCCGAUUCCUCAACCAGGUCGACCUGCCCGCCGGCACUGUCAAUUUCUUCGCGACCGGCGCCGCGCAGGACGUCGUCGGGGACGACCGACUCCACGGCCGCACCGGCAGCAAGGGCAGCAACAGCAGUACCAGCACCAGCAACGCCGGACAGGACCUCCGCGUUGCGAUCCGCCGGGCCUCGAGCCCCGAGAAAGCCGCGUCCAUUGCAGUCGGCGCCGUGACCCGCGCCCUGGCGAGGUUCAUGGGCGUAGGGCUGGGAAGCAGCAGUAGCAGCGCCGCGGGCAGCAGGCCCACCACGGCGGCCGGGUCGGCCAGCACGUCGUUCGCCUCGACGCCCGUCAGCACGUCGUUUAGCAGCGGUGCCGCGGCUCCUGCUGCUAUGCCCUUGCCGCGGGCAACGAGGGGUGGCCUGCUGGAUCCGUCGCGGUCGACGGUCAGCUACGGAGUCGACUCGCUGGUCAAGCUAAACAUCACGCGCUGGAUCGUCGACCAGUCGGGCGUGGCUGUUGGAGACGUCGACGAAUUUCCCAGCAUCAACGAGCUCGGGGCCAAGAUUGCCGAGCUGGUUCUUGCUGAUUCGGAUGGAAAGACGAACUGA